AAGGAGAGAGAAAAGAGGGAGGGAAAAAGAUGGAGAAAGAUAGAUGUUAUAGUAUCAAAUAUUCGGGCAUUGAUUCGUUUUAAUUGAGAUAUAUCCCAGAGUUCCACUUGCAGAGUUAAAUUGCAUCAAUUUUCUCAUAGAAGUGCAGCUGCCACCCUGCUUCGAAUUAAUGGAGACCAUUAUGUGUUAUUACCUCUCGAAUUCCAAUGUUAUUUCCCUAAAGCGACCGAAGACAUUUCUGAAGAAAAAAAACAUAAUAAAGAACAUCGAUCAUUCACAAACAACCCACCCCCAUUCAAAAUAAUUGACUCCUAAACCUCCACUAACAGGGAUUAGGAAGUAUCGAAUCUGUCCCCGGGUGAGUGUGAAAUAGGUCGAAAAUAAACCAUUCAAAUGUACUUUUUUUUUUUUUUUUUAAAGUGUCAACUCCUGACAGACUAUUUCUAUUCGGAGUUACACAGUGCAUGCACGUUACGACAGGCUGGUAUAACAUGCGUUACGUAAUGGCGGAUUGAUACAGUAUUUCAUGGGUUACGCCAUCAUAGAUGGCGGAUUGAAAUUACACGCGUUACCACUUCAAAUCACACAUCAUCAGUCGGAGCGUGAAGGAAAAUAAUAGGAUCGAGCUGUUUGAAUCCCAUCCACGGAAACUCGAUUACCCGAAAACUCGGUAACCCGCAAGAGAUCGCAUUGAGUGCCGCGUCCAACUCUGAACAAGAGGUUACUCCAAGACAAGACAGACAUGGCCGCUAGUGCGUCUCCAACACGGCGACCGUCUUCCAGCUUCACGCCGCUGGUUCAGAAGCCACGCCCUCGUACGUCACUUCCGCUUCAUCACCAGUCAUUUGCAGCAACCCCUAGGAUCCGGUCCGCUGUAUUGACAAUGCCAAGAUCUCACGUGAGCAUAGCGCGUUUCUACGAUUGGUCGGAAGAUUUAGGCGAAUGUGUUUCUGUAUCCAAGUUCUACAGAGACCUCGCCGUGGCCUCACAACGACAGGACAAGGUCAAGGCCAGAAACAAAUAUUGCAGCAAUGGUACACAUACGAAUCCGGGGCGCAUGUUUCUACGAGAUAAAGCAGGACUCACGAAGGGAGAAAGGGAGAUAAUCGAGGGGAUUUAUAGAAACCGAGGGGAUCUUCCAAGAGAACCAGAAAACUCAAAAUCUUACAGUUUUAAAGAUGAAUGGGAUUUCGUUCGGAGUCACAAAGAUGCUUGGAUGAUCGGAAAACAACUACAAAAGCAAGGUUUUAAAUUCGACCCUAGUUUACAACUCAAAGUUCCAGAAUAUCUAUUCAGCCGACUGCGUGAUGAUGAAUCUAACUCACCUCGGGAGUUCUGCAAAAUUUGUGAAAGUAAUCGUUUGAGCGAAUCAAACUUGGAUGACAGUGGAUUUUGUGUUCAUUGGAAGGGAAAAUACCCCUCAGCACCACCUACGACACCGGAUGCCGACGCGGGAGAAUUUGAAUUUCCUGAAAAUGUUCCGAUUAAAAAGAAAUCCGUCCCAAGGAUAAAAUCCGAACAGGAGAGACAAAUAAGCGAACAGAGGAUUCGUGUCGUGAAAAGUGUGGACGAGUCCCUGCUCAGUGGGGGAUCACGUGAUAAGGCGGACAGAAAGAAAGUGUUUGUGAAUGUCUUUUUACCGCGGAUUCCAAUUGACGCUGCGCAUGCGUACUCUUCUGCUGUAGUGACGGACAACAAAGUUAACAGUUUCAUGGCGGACUAUAGUAGAAAUAGUUCCGCAUCGAGGAUGGCUAAAGUGAGGAAAGAUCCCGCGUCUUUUGUGAAUUCGCUUUCCAUCACAAACAGCCAACCACACAACACAGACUGUGAUUGACAUUUCGCCUGCACGUGUGUCAUGUGUAACUAUUUAUUGUCGUUCUAUUUAUUUUAUUUUUGUUUACGCAAAAAAUAGUACUGUUUUACUUGCCGCAAUGUGUUGAAUGUACAUACUUUUAGAUAACUUAGGCAUCGUUUUGUGUGUGGAGGACGGGGUUUGGGGUCAGGGUGGGCGGGCAGGUGAGCAUGCGUGUUUGCGGGCGGGGGGGGGGGGGGGUUCGUAUGUGUGAAAGAAAGUUUAUACAGUACAUUGGUUAUAACUGUAGACUGUAAUUGAUGGGGUGACGAUUUCUGUCCGUCUGGUCUUUAUUUCAGAUAAAGUCUUGACACGUUAAACGUUCCUUUACUGUAUACUGUCUUCAACAUUAGUUUAUAACAGUCAUAGCGGCCAAAGAUGGAGGCUGGAAAAACCGGUCUGUGAUAUUUCACCAUAGGUACUGUUAAACAGUACAGCUCAGGGCCACGGGAAAUCAUCAAAUAUACAUGUUUCUGUGCUCAACACCAAAAGGAGAAAAGGUACAUUUGUAAAUAUAACUCCUAUAAAGAAUGCAAAUAUAAAAGCAAGGAAAACACGGACCCUUAGAAACACCAGGGAAGUAAGCAUCCCCUGUAGACCGGUCAUACCCGCCGUGAGCACUAUAUCUUGACCAGGUGCACGGAGUAAUCCGUAGUUAAAUUCAGUGUGUAAAGAACAACCUUACAAUUAGUUGGAAACACGUCAGACAUUAUUUGAUCUGAUGACAGGUUGUAUUUGCAAAUCUUUUAGCUAUAACGACCAUAGAAUUCGCAAAAUGCUGACUUCAAACGAAACUGUUGAAAUCCCUGUAACAUCAACUUGUUUGUCAGCAGCCUGUCUCGUUUAAAAAUAUUGAUUGUAUAUUCAGAACAUGCUUUUGCGUAUCCAUUGUGCAAACAAUAAUGAUGCAAAUGAUAAUGAAAUAUUGCUACAUCAAUAUUCUUGGUUGGGGAAGACUUUGCAAUAGUCUGUUUCUAUGGCAACGCGAUGAUUGCACAAUCCCGUGUAUGUAUUUUUAGUAACCCGGGUACCUAAACAAUAUAGACAUUUUCUGAAUGCGUGACAAAAAUGGCCCUUAUUACAUGUACAUGUAUAUAUAGUCCUGUGACAAUGGAGAUCCUCAAGUCGGUUCGUUUAUCAUAAAACAGGGAUUUUAUUUUGCUGUUAACAUCCACUAAGUUGAUUUGCUCCUAUGUCUAAGGUUUCUUUCUGUUUUGCUAUCCAUCAUUCAUAUGGGUAGGUAUUUACGAGAUAACGUCAUCAGAUGAGCAAAGCACGGGAAAUAUGAUAAUAAAUCAAAAAGAGGUUAUGUAUUUGUACUUUGUACAGCACAAUAUAUAUAUAUAUAUAGAGAGAGAGAGAGAGAGAGAGAGAGAGAAACGGAAUACCUCCUUAGAAAGUACAUACAUUGAUCAAUUUCUUCUUGAAAGGUGGGGACUUUUUUAGUCUCCCUUUCCCCACACUCUCGCUCUCGACACUUGCACGUGCAAAGUCUCGAGAGCGAUAGUCUGGGGAAAGCGAGAGUAGGACUGUUAUAAGGCUCAUACAAAAAUGGGAAUUUAGAUAACAAUUAAUUCAUGCUAAAAGAACAUUAAUGAUCAUGUCCAUGAUUGUGGACAAGAAAUAUGUAAUGUUGUUUAUCAAAUGUCUUUAAUUUGUGUUUAGUAAUUUUAAGAAUUAAAUCGUUCUAGGGUA